CUAGACGCUCAGUGGUGCCUCCGCUGUUGCACCGGUUCAUCCCCAUGUUAUUUCUCUACACGAACGAGCUUUUUGUUCCAUCAAUCUGUAGGUUAUAUGUUUUCUGUCUCCUUUCUUUUUCUUCCGGGGAUCCAUAUUACGCGUCGGGUGGACCAGAGCGUUUUUGCGCAGUGUGUGGAUGAAGUGCGGAGAAGAGCGGAGAUGCGCUCCUCGGACUCCCUUCACUGACGGUGGUGAGCUUCCAUCGCAGGCCCUAUUCUCUGACCGGUGGAGCGAGGUCCUGGUAUGAAGAUGGUCCGGUGAAGAUCGUAUCGGACGACAGAGGGGUUUCCUGGGAAAAGUUCAAGACUGUGUGUUUUUGAGAGAGAGAGAGAGAGAGAGAGAAAGAAAAAAAGAUGAAGAUUUGGAGCACGGAGCACGUUUUCAGUUACCCAUGGGAGACAGUGAUCAAGGCCGCGAUGAGAAAGUACCCCAACCCCAUGAACCCCAACGUGGUCGGGGUGGACGUGCUGGACCGCAGUCUGGACGCCGAGGGACGUCUGCACAGCCACAGGCUCCUCAGCACCGAGUGGGGCCUGCCGGGCAUCGUACGGGCGAUACUGGGAACCAGCCACACACAAACCUACGUGAAGGAACAUUCCGUAGUCGACCCGCUGGAGAAGAAGUUGGAGCUAUGCUCAACAAACAUAACUCUCACCAACCUCAUAUCGGUGGACGAGAGGCUUCUUUACAGGCCACACCCGGACAACCCCGAGGUUACCAUCCUGACCCAGGAGGCCAUCAUUACGGUGAAGGGAGUCAGUCUCAGCAGUUACCUGGAAGGGAUGAUGGCCAUGAGAAUGUCAGCCAAUGCCAGAAAGGGUUGGGAUGCCAUUGAGUGGAUUAUUCAGAACUCUGAGAGAGAGAACGUUCCUCUUUGACAUUUGCUAACUCUGGACUGCAGCUCUACAGGGACGACUUCUCUCUCCAGCUACAACUCAUGAACCACUGGGGAUCCUCCUGCAGUUGGUACUUACAGUGGUCCCGCCCACACACACACACACACACACACACACACACACACACACACCUCCUCCUCCCACCUCGACAGUACAUGCACUGGAAGCUCAGACUGACAGUCAAAUGUUGCCAAAGCUGAAUGGUUUAGUGAGAGUGAGAGCCAAAGUGUGUCAGAGACACUUUCGUUCAGUGUGUUCAACUCUCCUGUUCGCUGACCACAAGGUUGGAAAGACGAAAAGUUUAUCUUCCAUACGGCGAAAUGCAGCAACUUCUUUUAUUAACCCAUAUUUACUUUGACCUCAUGUCCUGGCCUUAAGGAUUUGCGCGAGAGAUACACACACGAUUUUUUUUCUAUAUGAUAUGCAAACAAGCUUCAUAACUUUAUUUUACCAGAUGUAAUUUUUUCUGUAAUGCCAAACACAGGAGACUCCUACUGUAGUAGGAGUUAGAGACGAGAGACUUGUUACCGGUGCUGCUUACUCUGUGAUUCAAGAGGCACAAAACUGUAGAUAAUAUAUUUGCAUGGUAGUAAUAAAAAACAGGGUGGGGGGUGGGGGGUCAUUUUAAGAAAAUGAGUAGUGUGGUUGCUAGAAAUUAUAUUGUUUGUAUAAGAAAAAAAUGAGAAUGUACUACUAACAUGGCCUUGUUUUUCUGCUGUCGAGGCAUCAACACAUCGGCUCCGUUUUGAUGUGAACGUGACGGGUAGUUUUGCCUGGAACCAGCAGAUUUGUAAUUGGGGUUAACGAGGAAGAUGAAGAUGACACACAGAACAUUGAUGGGUGUAGUUAAAUGAUGAACUGCCUCGCUCUGUGGGCAGAAGUAGCCGUUGACAUGGCCUUAAAUCGAUGCCUGCGUGUUAUGGCCUGGGCAGCAGAAUCAUGUCGUUGCUCGACGACAUGCUUCCAAACGUUGACCUCCUCCGUGAACUCUACCCGUUUGUCCCCGAGGAGCAGGGCCGUACUGUAUGUGCAACGCUGCACAAUGACUACUUAUGUGCUAGAUGAUUUAUCUUGUUUAAACGAAGAAAAUAUUUACAGAAUAUUUGUAUAAAUAUUAUUUAUUCACACAUUCUGCCAAACAAGCAGCGGAAUCAGAACAUUGUUUUUUUCCGUUGUUUUUUUAUUGUCGGUGUCGUGUUUAAAAAAAGGUUUCAUUUGCUUUUUUUACACUUUGUUUUAAACCUCAGCCGCUGUCCUACUGCAACAAUUAAAAACAACUGUUUUGAGAAAUUUUCAGUUUUGAAAUUGAUAACAUGAGUUUGUCGUCUGCUCCUUGUCCAAGUUAGUUAUUUAGUGCAUUAAGAAUUUCCACUACCUGCUUUCUUUUGUUAUUUCUUUGAGUGUCAGCUCAGCAUUUAAUCAUCCAAAUGCAGUUUAAUUUCUCUGCUUCAGCGAGAAACAUUCAUGUAUGGACAGUACUGAAAACUAACAAACAAUCAAAAUCCUCCUCAGGUAGUUUGUUGUCCUUUUUUUUUUUUGCCAACUUGUAGUUCAUCAUUUGUCCAGUAGAGAGCACAAGUAUGCUGUUAGCGACAGGAUAUCCACAGGACAGCUCUUUGUGUGUCCGGAGCAGGAGGCCCAUGAUGCUUCAGUGUGUGUGCGCUGAGAGAACUAACAUUUUAAAAGGCCAGACGUAAAGGUUGUUUUCUUUUAUUUACACGACAGAAAAACAGAAACAAAAUACUUUUGCAUUGCACGAACAGCCCCCCUAUCGUUGAGCAGUGACAAGAGGAAACUUGUCGUUCCUUCAAACCCAGUAGUGCAAAAUAAGCCAGUUGCCAGAAUCUCAAUAAAUAAAAACAUAAAACACAAUCAGCUGUGUGCUUGAAAAAAUAUAUCAUGCAGAAGGCUACAGAAAAAUACGACGAUCCAGACGGGCAACGUUGGUAUCAGAGCCUCAGAUCUUAAAUACCACUUUUCUAUAAAUGAGACAUUUGGUGAUGAUGAUGAUAAAAAAAGGUCGGAAAUCAUUUGCAAACGAGGAUUAAGCUGUACCGAUUUUCAAGUUUUUUUACGAUAAGGAACACACCACUGUAAUAUUUACUUUGAAUACAAUCUUUGGUAAUACUGCACUCAGGUGCUGUUGCUAUAGCAGCCACGACAAAAAAAAAGAACACACAAUGAUAAAAAAGAAAACCAUAUCAAAUCCAUAUAAAAGUGAAAAAGAAAAAAAGGAAAUAGAAAAAGAUAACGUGGCGUGGUAACAUAUCAAAGAAUAACCACUCGGUCUAAUGAUUCAUUACAGACUUCCUUUCCUUACAUUCAUAAUCUCUUGUGAAAAAAUUCAAGAUUAACUCCUCUCCCCUCCCAGUGCCAAACAAUAUUACUGCAAACGCAUCCCAUUAGCCCGUGAGCAGGCUUUUCCUGUCACACUGAACAAAGUGACAAUUUUAAACAAAUCACACAUACUCUUACUACUUCCCCAAAAGAACAAUUAACAAGAAUCGACAAGAAUAAAAUAAAAUCCUCCAAAUUGGGGGGAAAAAAAACAAGUGUACACAGCUACGGUCAAGAGGUGUGUGUUCAUUUGGAGGCCUCUUUCCAAAAACCACAUUAAACUAAGACUAAACCCCUGACAGCUGAGUGUUCCCCCUCUUCCUCUGCUCUCCUCUCCUCUCCUCUCAUCCAUCAUCAAGACGACUGAUCCUACAUCUCUUUUUCUCUCCGUCACAUUCACUCGCUCUCAACAGUAAACCCCGCCCCCGCAGCCUUUGUGCUCUUCCAAAAGAAACUCGAAUGCAUGAGCCCUCAUGCCUCUACUAAAUAUACAUCCAGGAAUUGAUUGUGCCGUAUAACAAAAACAAUAAAUGUACAGUAUGUACAGCCAGUUCAUCUGGAUUUGGGGGGGGGGGGGGAU